CUCCAUUUUCAUGGAUGAAGCCCAAAUGGUUUUUUCAAAAACUCAACUCUUUCCUUCCCCAUUGCACUUCCCCUGUCUCCUCUCCACUCAAAACCCUAAUUCUGCAAAACCCAUACUCAGAAACCUCAAAAUUUGCCAUCAAUCAAGUAGAUAUAAGUUUCCUUCUCUCCCUUUGUGGAAGAGAAGGCUACCUUCAUCUGGGUUCUUCCCUUCAUGCUUCCAUCAUAAAAAAUUUUGGAUUUUUGGAUGGCAAUAAUCGGGAUAAUCUCCGAAAUGUCAUUGUUGUUUGGAAUUCUCUCCUCUCAAUGUACUCGAGGUGUGGGGAGUUGAGGGAUGCAACUAAGGUGUUUGAUCAUAUGCCCAUGAAAGACACCAUUUCGUGGAAUUCGAGGAUUUCGGGGUUGUUGGGUAAUGGGGAUAUUGAGAUGGGGUUUAGGGUUUUUAAACAACUGUAUGAAUCGGGUAUUUAUCAGUUUGAUCAAGCCACUCUGACUACUGUUUUAACAGCUUGUGAUAAGCCAGAGUUUUGUUAUGUGAGUAAGAUGAUUCACACUUUAGUGUUUUUAUAUGGGUAUGAGCGGGAAAUUACAGUGGGGAAUGCAUUGAUCACAUCAUAUUUUAGAUGUGGCUGUUGUAGUUCAGGGAGGCGGGUUUUUGAUGAGAUGUCUGAAAAGAAUGUAGUUACUUGGACGGCUGUGAUCUCAGGUCUUUCACAAGGUCAAUUUUAUGAGGAGAGUUUGAAAUUGUUUGGAAAAAUGCGUGAUGGACCAGUGGAUCCAAAUUCCUUGACGUAUUUGAGUUCCUUGAUGGCAUGUUCUGGUUUGCAGGCAAUAAGGGAAGGGCGUCAAAUUCAUGGGCUUGUUUGGAAAUUGGGAGUUCAUCUUGAUUUGUGUAUUGAGAGUGCACUAAUGGACAUGUAUUCUAAAUGUGGUAGCUUGGAAGAUGCAUGGAAGAUUUUUGAGUCUGCAGAAGAGGUUGAUGAGGUUUCCAUGACUGUAAUUCUUGUUGGUUUGGCACAGAAUGGGUUUGAGGAGGAAUCUAUACAGGUUUUUGUUAAAAUGGUAAAGAAUGGAGUUGUGAUUGACCCCAACAUGAUUUCAGCGAUUCUAGGGGUAUUUGGCAUUGAUACUUCGUUGGCUCUUGGUAAGCAAAUUCACUCGUUGAUCAUCAAAAAAAGCUUUGGUUCUAAUUACUUUGUCAACAAUGGGCUGAUAAACAUGUAUUCGAAGUGCGGAGAUUUGGAUGACUCAAUCAAAAUAUUCUGCUGGAUGCCUCAAAGGAAUUCAGUCUCAUGGAACUCCAUGAUUGCAGCUUUUGCUCGCCAUGGGAAUGGUUCUAGAGCACUUCAGUUGUAUGAAGAGAUGAGAUUAGAAGGUGUUUGGCCAACAGAUGUUACAUUUCUCUCUUUGCUUCAUGCUUGUGCCCAUGUGGGUUUAGUUGAAAAGGGCAUGGGGUUCUUGGAAUCCAUGGCUAAAGAUUAUGGGAUUGGUCCAAGGAUGGAACACUAUGCUUGUGUUGUUGACAUGAUGGGCCGAGCAGGGCUUCUUAAUGAAGCCAAGAAGUUUAUUGAGAGAUUGCCUGAAAAACCUGGUAUUCUUGUUUGGCAAGCAUUGCUUGGAGCUUGUAGCAUUCAUGGUAAUUCUGAAAUGGGAAAAUAUGCAGCUAAUCAAUUGUUUUUGCAAGCACCUGAGAGCCCAGCCCCUUAUAUUUUACUGGCUAAUAUAUAUUCUUCUGAAGGGAAAUGGAAAGAGAGAGCAAGGACCAUCAAGAAAAUGAAAGAUAUGGGUGUGACAAAAGAAACGGGCAUAAGUUGGAUUGAGAUUGAGAAACAAAUCCACAGUUUUGUUGUUGAGGACAGAAUGCAUCCACAUGCCGAGAUUAUUUAUGGCGUUCUAGGGGAGUUGUUUAAACUGAUGAUGGAUGAAGGGUAUGUGCCUGAUAAGAGGUUCAUUCUCUAUUACUUGGAUCAACAUGGAAAAGAAUAGUCAAUAGUUAUUC